UGUUUAUCCCAAGGUCUGUGACCCCGAGCUGCUCCUCUCCCUUCCCAGUGCACCCGGCCGUGGUGAUCCGGCAGCGGAAAUCCUACAGGAGGAAAGACGGGGUGUUCCUCUACUUCGAAGACAAUGCAGGGGUGAUUGUAAAUAACAAAGGAGAAAUGAAAGGCUCAGCAAUCACAGGCCCCGUGGCCAAGGAAUGUGCGGAUCUGUGGCCCAGGAUCGCCUCCAACGCCGGGAGCAUCGCCUGAGCCUCCCCCUGAGCCUCUGCAGAGGCAGCAAAUAAAAGGCCUUGUACCCAA